AUGGAGAUCGAUGGUGUAAAUGAUGUUCCUUUUUUGGAUCCUGAGCUCUUGCAGCUUCCGGGUUUGUCUCCUUCAUCGCUUAAAGCAAACCUUCAUAUUGCUGAGGAGCUUUUCUCUCAGUGGCUUUCACUCCCGGAAACUGGCCGAUUGGUCAAGUCUAUGAUUGAUGAUGCAAAAUCUAGUACCCUAGUCAACGUAUCUAAGAAUUGUGCCAAUCUCAAUGUUGUUUGCGGAAGUGCUUUGCCUUCUGUGUUUCUGAACAGUGGCACUCCCCCACUAUCCCCACGAAGCUCGUCUGGGUCUCCCCGCUUCUCGAGGCAAAAGACAAGCCCUUCUUCUCUACAGUCUCCUCUGAAAUCAGUCAGGGAACCAAAGCUCCCACUCAUUCCUCAGUUUUAUUUCCAACAUGGGCGUCCACCUGCAAAAGAACUAAAGGAGCAAUGUAUUUCCAUGGUUGAUCAUUAUUGUAGUAACUAUAUUGAUGGACUUCAUAUGGAUGAAUUCAAAUCCCUUACAAAAGAAGUAUGCAAGCUGCCUUCUUUUCUUUCUUCUGUACUUUUUAAAAAGAUAGAUACAAAUUGCACUGGUAUCGUUACAAGGGAUGCCUUUAUCAAGUAUUGGGUCGAUGGUCAUAUGUUGACGAUGGACUUAGCCUCACAGAUAUAUAAUAUUUUAAGGCAGCCAGGCUGCAAGUACCUCAGACAGGCUGACUUCAAACCAGUUCUUGAUGAGCUUCUGGCAACUCAUCCUGGCUUGGAAUUUCUUCGGAAUACACCUGAAUUUCAAGAAAGAUAUGCUGAGACCGUCAUCUACAGAAUAUUUUACUACAUAAACAGAUCAGGAACUGGUUGCAUUACUCUUAGAGAGCUGAAACGUGGGAAUCUUAUUGCUGCCAUGCAACAAGUUGAUGAAGAAGACGACAUCAAUAAAGUUAUUAGGUACUUCUCCUAUGAGCAUUUCUACGUUAUAUACUGCAGAUUUUGGGAACUUGAUGGCGACCAUGAUUUCCUUAUUGAUAAGGAAAAUCUCAUCAAGUAUGGUAACCAUGCCCUUACCUACAGGAUUGUCGACAGAAUAUUUUCACAGGUCCCUAGGAAAUUUACGAGCAAAGUUGAGGGGAAGAUGAGUUAUGAAGAUUUUGCGUACUUCAUUCUUGCUGAGGAGGAUAAGUCAUCUGAGCCUAGUCUUGAGUAUUGGUUCAAGUGCAUAGACCUGGUUGGAGAUGGGGUGAUCACUCCCAACGAAAUGCAGUUUUUCUAUGAAGAGCAGCUGCAUCGCAUGGAAUGCAUAACCCAGGAACCUGUACUCUUUGAGGAUAUCCUAUGUCAAAUAUUUGACAUGAUUAAACCAGAGAAAGAGAACUGCAUCACACUCCGGGAUCUGAAAGCAUGCAAACUUUCUGGAAAUAUGUUCAAUAUACUCUUCAACCUGAACAAAUUCAUGGCGUUUGAAACCCGUGACCCUUUUCUCAUUCGCCAGGAACGGGAGAAUCCAACAUUGACAGAAUGGGACCGAUUUGCUCAGAGAGAGUAUGUGAGGUUGUCAAUGGAGGAAGAUGUGGAGGAAGUCUCGAAUGGGAGUGCAGAUGUUUGGGAUGAACCACUCGAAUCUCCGUUUUAG